AUGGGUCUGGCCGGUGCCCCCCUCACUCUCAACACGCCAGUGCCCGUGAACCUGUUUGCUGCCGGGAAGGUGGACGUCUCCAGCCCCAGCUACGUGCCCAGGUGGUGCAGCCUGAUAUUGAAGAGACUAGUGGUGUUCAAGGAGCUGGAGAAGGAGCUCAUGUCCGUGGUGAUUGCUGCUAAGGUGCACGGCUCCAAGCACAUCCUGCGGUCCCGCGAGAUUGUGCUGCCUCCCAGUGGAGAAGUAGAGACCGACCUGGUCCUGACCCUGUCACUGCCGCACCCCCACUGUUUAAAGGGAGAAAAGAACAAUGUACAGAUUAUGUUGCAGCAGAGGAAGGACAGGAGCACCCGGGGCUACAAGACGCUGGCCACAGGCGCCAUCCACCUGGCCGAGGUGGUACAGCGUGCCCCUGAGGGGGACCACGUGCUGAGCCUCUGCAGCAGUGUGCAGGAGGCCUCCCAGAAGGUCGCCGAGGUCUGGAUCUUGUCCCUGUCCAGCCAGCCCAUCGGCCAGGAGGACAGCACCAUGCAGGCCGGCCCCAAGUCCACGCAUAACUGCUCCAAGGAGGAGAAUGAGAGCCUCUCGUCUGAGAAGGAGGCCAGAGAUACUGCUGUGCACGGGCCGGACCUGGACCAGGACAACCUCAGCGUGGGGAAGCCCAAGAAACAGCAUCAAUCAACAGAAAGAGUGACGUCCAUGACGGAGCAAGAAAACUUCAAACAGAGGAUUGUGGCUCAGCUGCGUAAGUUCAAAGUGUUGGAGGAGGUCCUGCACACGGAGCAGGACCCUGCAGAGCACGUCCCGAGGGUGCAGGAGGACCUGGGCCUUUCGUAUAAAAUGCUGGACAACCCCAGCGACAGUGGCCCCAACAUGAAGGACCAUGACGGUGUCCCCAGCACCCCGAAGCCCAAGCUUAGGCCUUACCUCAAAGGCUCGUCGCACUGCAGCUCCCACACAGAGCUCGGGAGCAUCCACAGCAGCCAGAGCCAGCAGGAGCCUCUGAGCCCCGCCGAUAUUCCCGAGAAGAUACGGGCCCCGGGCAGACAGCCAAGCGACAGUGUCUCCAGCUCCAUGGCCAACAGCACCACCAUCCCCGGGGAGCAGCUGGCACAGCCCGAGGACAGCCUGGAGGCUAAGUCCUCAGCCCUGGACGUGUUCAGCGAGAAGCGGCCGUUCAGCAGGUGCAUCACCAAGACCAAGUCCCUCGUCAUCCUGUCCAGCUGGUCUGAGGGGAAGCAGGACUUCUGCUGGGGACGGAGCCCCGUCAGAGCCUGCAGCGCGUCAUCAUUGACGGCGUGGAGGGGAACGAUGUGA